UAUUUACUUAGUGCCACCUACUAAACAAUUCACUCCUUACACUUGUACCAAAAAGUUUGAGAAAGUAUGGAGGAUAAACCGAAUAGUUAUACAUUCUUCUCCCAUUUUCUUUUUUUUUUUUUUUUUUUUUUUUUUUUUUUUUUUUUUUUUUUUUUGAAUUUUAAAUUUCCUCCUUCACACAUGUCCAAAGCAAGAAUCGGAUGCAUGAGAACCUCAUCCACUAGACUGUAAUCUGAGCAUGUCGCUACAAAAAUUUCAUCACAUGCCACCAAAAACAGGAGAUAAACUCAAACCGAUCCAUUCAUAAAACCCUCUUUCACCCAAACCCUAUUUUUCCUCUUUUAGACCCUCUCUUUUUAUGCUUAAUUUCCUAUAAAUUCAACAUUUCUUCUUCGAUCUCACUCCUGAUUUUGAUAUCUUAUUCUCAAAUCUCCAAACCCUUUUGACAAAUAUUUCUCCUCACAAUUCCUCCAUCUUCAACUUCUAGUUUAUCCUCACCAUAUAAUUGUUCGAUUACUGCAUUUUUAACAAGCAUAAAACGGUGGAUCGAAGGCAUGGAAAGCGCCCACUUCCACCGGAAGCAUCAGAGGAUAAAGAGAAACAAGAGCUCGAAGAGCAUCAUCAGUUUCCUUCUUAUGAAUCUUCUUGGUCAGAAACUGAUAUGUCAGCCAUGGUUUCUGCUCUAACUCAAGUGAUUGGCACCGGCGACGACCAGUCAAACAUGAUGCAGUCGAACCCUCCAUCAGCUUCUUCAGAUUUACCUCUUGUCAAAGACGAGCCUGACCCACCUCAACCAGCUCAAGAUCAAGGAACAACAAGGAGGAGACAUUACAGAGGGGUUAGACAAAGACCUUGGGGCAAAUGGGCAGCUGAAAUUCGAGAUCCUAAAAAGGCAGCUCGAGUGUGGCUUGGCACAUUCGAGACUGCUGAGGAUGCAGCCAUGGCAUAUGAUAAAGCUGCCCUUAAAUUUAAAGGCACCAAGGCUAAACUUAAUUUCCCUGAAAGAGUUCAAGGAAUGCCUGAAUUUUUCUAUUUAAUGGGUGGAGAUUCUUCUUCAAAAUCAAAGCCCUUUAAUGACCAAAAUGUAAGGCCUCCAGUGGUUAAUAAUCCCCCUCCUCCUCCAAUUCACCAUGAAGCUUAUCCCGACUUGCUUCAAUAUGCUCAAAUUCUUUCAAGUGAUGAUUCUAGUUUUAAUUAUUACACUUCAAGUCUCUUUAAUCAAGAAGCUUUCUCUCCACAUUCUUCUUCAACCUUAUCGUCAUCCACCAGCUCAUCAUAUCACCAGCAGCAAAACCAACAGGACCUUAUGAGAUUUUCAUCAAACUUAGAAGAUUUUCAUGAUCAUGGGAAGGAUUUUGAUGACUCAAAUGGGUAGUACCACGUUAUCUACACGUCUAUUUAAUAAAAUCAUCGUCAUUUAUACAUUUAUUUUUUUUCCUCUUAUCCCUGCCUGACUAUUACCGUUGGGGAUAGUUUUAAAAUGAAUGUAUAUGUGAUAAGAUUGUAUUAAAUAGAUAUACAUAUCUGUGUCUAAAUGAAUAGCGUCGACGUCUUUUUCGAUUAUUCCUUUCAAGAACAUUAUCAUCAAGUGUAUCUUUGCAUUCAAGUUUCAAGAACGAGUUGCAGCAGAAUCGACCACAACAAAAUGAUCGAGAACUUUCCAAGUAUUUUUAUAACAAAUUUGGGAAGCAGCGUGAUUAGCUAGUUCUGCUUUUUUGGUGCAUGCCUAGGCGAAAUAUAUAUUUGUAGCAAUUGGCCGAAGGAGCAUCUUCUAGUUUGCGACUUUGUGUAACGAGAGGUGUAAACUCUAAAUGAGUAAGAGAUUUGAGUUUCUUUCUUUGUAUUUUCUUCUGCAAAAUCUAAUGUUUCUUGUCAUCUUAUGAAUUAAUUAUAUGAUAUUAUGUGUGUC